AUGGCGAUAUCAGACGAGGCUGUUUUAGAAUUUAUGUUCAAUCCAGAGAGUCAAGGAUUAUCUCUAGAUGCCAUUGCCAAUACUGUAGAUGAGAAACCAAAAUACAAUAUACCCGCUGAAAAAUUAGCACAAUUGCAAACACUAGAAAAAGAAGCUGUCAAAAUUGCCGAAACAGAUAGCGGAAAAGCUUUGGAAUUACUUAAUGAGUGUAUAUCAAUGGAAGACAAAUAUGCCUCAGCUUAUAAUAAUAGAGCACAAGUUUAUCGACUACAAGAACAGCUAGGAAAAGCGCUCGCAGAUUUAGAUUAUGUUAUCAGUGAUAUUGGCGAAGGGCAACCUAAAGUGUUAAGACAAGCAUAUACUCAAAGAGCAAUAAUUAAACGGCAACAAGGUGAUCUAGUAGGGUCAAAAGAGGAUUUUCAAGCGGGUGCAAGGUUAGGUAACCCCAUCGCAAGAAAUAUUGCCGUUAAUGAAAACCCUUACGCAAAGUUAUGUAAUCAGGUGAUGAUGGAGGUGAUGAGCCGUGAAACAAACCUCACAAAGGAGACUUAG